UAUUUAUUUUAUGUGUAAACUCAUAUAUUUAUUUAUUUAUUUAAUAAUAUUGGGAUGGAAUAAUAAAAAAAACUUUACAUCUAUUUUAUAUGGGUUUGUCAUCAUCAUCAUGGCUUCUCUCCAUUAAUUCUAAUCACUUUCGCCAUCACCAGCUAGCAUUAUUAAAACCGACUAAAUUAUUGUUGCAGGCUAAAUUAAUCAUUGAAUGAAAGAGAGAAAAAAAAAAACAUUAUAAAUGCAUGACAAUAACCAGAAUGGACCUGGACAGGGCAUAGGGCAGACAAUAAUUAUAUUUUUUAAGGACAUUUUUUAUCUUUAUUUCAAGUUCGCACUAUACGCGUUAGCUAUAUAUGUUCUAUUUUAUUAUUAUGAUUAUUAUUUUGGUUAGUGAGCAGUUGUUUCCUCUUUGUAUUAUUAGUAGCAGCAAUGUGAAGUGAGCUAAGUGUUGACAGUGAAAAAGUGUAGUGUUUAAAUGAAUUGAAAAUUUUUAUUUGGAACUUUACACUUUGUUUUAUCGCAACGGAGUUUAUAUUUGGUCGCGUUGGUACCAUGAAGCGAUCCCGGCGAAGGUGGCUGGGGCUCAGUUUGUUUUGUAUAACACUUAUCGUAUUAGCAACUGAGCUACCAACGGCGUCGGCGGUGAGAGCGACCUCGCUGAUAUUCGCCAAGACCACCAGCACCACAGCAGCGCCGGAGGAGCAGCCGGAAGGAACCCAAGAUGAGACACAGACCGAAGCAACAGCGGAAGGCGGCGAGGCCCAAAACACAACAAACAAACUCACCGGCAUACCCCAAAAUGACUAUAUAUACGACCCCAACUUGCCCCGGGAACUGAACGGGUACAAUCUAUCCGGGUACCCGUUUUAUGAAGCCGUUCCACCACCGGAGACCAUGGACUUUAAAUGCGAUGGGUUACACGAUGGCUUCUACGCUUCUGUACCCCAUAAGUGUCAGGUAUACCACCACUGCCUCUUCGGCACCAGGUACGACUUCCUGUGCGCCAACUACACAGCCUUCGAUCAGAAGACGUUCAUCUGCCACUUCGUUUCUGAAGUGGAUUGUAAGAACUCACCAAACUAUUACAAUAGGAACGAGGCCCUCUACAAAGCGGCGUCGGAGGCGCCCCCUCCUCCUCCGUCCACCACCACCACCACGACCACAACCACCGCACGGCCCCCGCGGCCCCCCAGGAGGCGGCCGUACCACAGAUACGAUUAUUACGACGACGAUUAUUAUUAUCCAGAGAGAGAUGACUAUGACUAUGACAGGGGCAGAAGACGGCCGCGUCCCCAAAGGCCAGCCAAGAGGAGACCACACGAUGACUACGACGAUGACAGAUACGAACGCCGUCCAAGACCACGUGUAGAACCGCCGGAAGAUGAUUAUGAAGAAAGAAGACCGUAUGACAGAAGAAACAAACGGCCUUAUGAUCAAAGAAGACCGUACGAUGACGAAGAAGACAGGCGGCCGGGCUACAGAAAUAACAGAAGACCGAGACCAAGAGACGAUGAAGAAGAAAGAUUCAGAGAAGACGAUGAUAGACCGAGACCAGGACAACGGGACCAGAAAAGAGAAAGAGAUGGCCCAAGAUCCAAAUUUAGGCCUAGAGAUGGCCCCAGAGAUGAAGUUAGACCCAGAGAUGAGGUCAAAACUCAAGAUGAAAUAAGACCUAGAGACGAAGUUAGGACAAGAGAUGAAAAAAGGACUCGGGACGAGCCCAGACUUGAGAAUAGACCACGUGAUAAUAGUAGACCAAGAGAUGAGAUAAGACCACGGGAUGAAAUUAGACCUCGGGAUGAAAUAAGGCCAAGAGAUGAAAGAAGACCUUCGAGAGAUGAAAGUGUACAAGAAAAACCACAGGAAAGCUCUAGACCAAGAGACGAUCGGUACCAAUCUGAUGAUGGUAGAAGAUACAGAGAUGAGAGACCAUACAGAAAUAGAGACGAAAGACCAUACACAAAACCUGAUAGACCUUAUGAUGACAGAGAAGAAAAGAGAGAAAUUCCAUCAGCUCCGGAAACACAAGGACUUGUUAAACCAAAUGGUCAUGGUAUCUUUAGUAAGCCAAGAAUGCCUCCUAAGAUCAAGCGGCCAGUUCCGGCGAAUGAAAAGGAAAAAUAUGAAUAUGUUACUAUAACAACUACAAAAGCUCCUCCACAUAAAGAUGAUGAAGAAUAUUAUGAUGAUUAUGAAGAAGAAGACAGUAGCAGACCAUCUUCUUCUGGAAAAACAAGUACAGUGCAGCAGAGGCCACGACCUGAAGUAGUUGAAAAAGAAAAAUUUAAGCCAACUAGACCCCACUUUAGUAGUCCUUCAGCAAACUAUAAAGACAGAAGAACUAAACGACCCACAACUGGAUACGAGGAUGAUUAUUAUUAUGAUGCUCCAUCGAAGACUACCAGACCUAGACCUCAUGCGCCUAAGAAAGAACAUGCUGCUGAUGUAGAAGACUAUUAUUAUGAUUACGAUGAUAAAAAAGACAGUAGAAGACCGGUCAAAGAUGAAGAAGUCAUACAAGCUAAAGUCAAAGAGGUUAGACCUACAGUGAAAGUGAUUAAGCGUCCUUUUUUACCCUCUAGGGGUGGCAGCCCUUAUUUGCCACGGGGCCUGCAGCCAGUAGCUGGCAAAGACAUCUCUUUACCCCCUCCUACCACCCCUAAACCUACCACUACCACCACUACUACAACGACGACUAGACCUACCACCACUUCUACAACAACAACAACUACGACUACAACAACACAAAGACCAACAACAACAAUUACAACAGAACCAACAACAAUACAACAUAGUGCACCAGACGACGAGUACGAAUAUUACGACGAGGACGACAUAGAAUAUGAAAAUAGAAACAAAAAAGACUCGACCACUGCAGAACCACAGCCUUUAAACAUAAAAGAGGUUACAGAGAAGCCAGAAUUAAAAACAAAUAAACCUGAAACAACAACAAUACAGAUAACGACUCCAGAGGAAAGAGCAAAGAAUUUAGCAACCAAAGUUUUGAGAGUUUACAAUGAUAAUUACGAAGCGAUUCGAGGCACGCUCGAGUCUACAUUAUCUCCUGGUGACUAUUUGAAGCCUUAUCUAUCUCAAAAUCAACCAAUAAACCAACCAAAAUCACCGGCUACCGAGAGUCCUUUCAAGCCAAAAGUCGCACCGAAGCCAGAAGUAUCUAAGCCGUAUACUGCAACAGGAAAGCCAAUAAUACCAGAAAAUAUAUCGAUAAAACAUAAUUUGGCUGAUUCUAUUGAGAACGAGUAUGAUGUGAGAUUAAACGAAGCAAUAACACCGAGCUUGCCAAAUGUUAAUGUUAGAGUCCCGAGCGGUUUCGUACCGUCUGACAGGGAUUAUACAUUUACGAGGUUCAGAAAUAAUUACCAACCGCCCGAUCCGCAGUUCGCUGCUUCGGAAUUGUCAAACUAUCAAGUCAGAAAGCGUCCCCAAGUGUCUGGAGUCAGUAUAAGAACUCCGAACUCUUAUUACAUCCAACCCCAAAGGGUUGUAGCCUUCGAAGACGGGGUCCAGAGGUACCCCAGACAAUUGUUGUACAGGCAACUUGUAGGUAAUCUCUUUUAAUUGUGAUGCUAUUGGUAACCUUUGAGAGACGAUUGGUUUUUAGAAAACCUUGAAGUAUAUUUUAAUGAACCUCCGAAUAUACUUUCCGGGUUUUUAUUGGAAUUGUGCAAUUGUUUUAGUCAUUCAGAAUCGAAAUUGUUGUAAAUUUAAGUUAAGUUAAAAAACAAGUAGGUUUAAAAGUUAAUGGAUGUUAGGAAAAAUGUAUGUUUUAAAGAUGUGACAUUUUCGAUAUUUGUACAUUGUAAUUGUGUUUUUUUUUUUAUUAUAUUUAUUGGAUGUAAGCUAAGAUCUUUAUUUUUUUUAUUAUGUACUUAGUUGUUUAGAGGAAACUAAGUUAGACAAUACUGUGAAAUAGAGACAAAUGUGUAGAUGGUAAAGACAUUUGUUAAUGUAACCUUGAUAAUUUUUAAAAUGCAAAUAAUUUCUGAUUUUUAGGCUGUAUGGUUUUGUACCUUUGACCUUCCAUGCACAGAUAUGGAUCUUUUAAGUACCCUAUCUUAUUUAUGAAAAUGUCAUAUUUUUAAAAUAGUUAUAGGGUUAAUAAUGUUCUUCACUGCCAACAAUUAUAAUAUUAUUAUAUUCUCAAUUUAAUACUCUUAGUUACCUUAUGUUUAAGUUGGAUUUUUCAAAGGUUACCUUUUAGUGAUGGACAGUCGAUGAAAAUUCUUUUUUUUUUUUUUUUGUUUAAUAUAAAAAAGAAAAAUUUGUAAAAUUCAUUGACACUUUAUUUCCUAAAGUAUGUUAUUAAUAUAUUAUCAUAUUAAGCCGCGUGGUCCCGGCGUAGAACGGACCACCCUAUCCUUUCCUGUGGCUGUCGUAAUAGGUGGUCUAAGGGAACUUAAUAGUUGAGGAAUUGGCAGAAGCGUUCCUCUUAAAACACCACCAAAGUCUAACUGCGGUUGUCACCUGCCAAGCGUGGCAACUAUUGGCAAAAAAAUAUUUGACAAUUUUCGAAUGAAGUAGAUAAAACAAAAUUUGUGGCAGAUAUAUAUGCUUAUUCUAUGACUAGCUGUUUCACUCCUAUAUUAGUUCUUAUAUAUCUUCCAUGUACAGACAGCGACCAGUUACGAUUUUACUAUAUACUAGCGGCCCGGUACGUGCUUCGCUACGUAUAAAGUAAAAUAAUAAUAAAAAAAAAUUACACCAAAUUAAUUUAUUCUGUUUGAAUAAAAUACUUAUCUGUUUGAAGAAAACUGUCAAC